AUGCCGAUCCUCCCGGCUAAAACAGCCUCGGACUAUCCGGCGCGGGUCUCUUGCCCUCGCAAUCCCCGGGGACGCAAGGCCUCUCCCGGCUUCCCCAAUUGCGCUUCCCUAGCAGCGCGGCUUGGCUUCCGGAGGGCCGAGCCAUCCCGCGCUGGCUCCUCCUUCCGCAGCUGCCAUCGGGGCUCCCAGCCUGUCUGCCGGCCUGCCUGCCUUCUUUCCUCGCGGGGGAGGAAAGGAAGGAAGGAAGGAAGGUCCGGGCCGCGGCCGGAGAAGCUCCGUAGAGGCGGCCGCUGAGAACUAGGCGAGGUGUUUCUGGUCCCCUUCGCUCGCCUUGCGCGCUCUUCCCAUCGCGAUCGGGGUUGGAGAGUUUUGGCGCGUCCCGGUGAUUUGGGGACGAAUCCCUCUAAUUCACUGAAUGGCUGAUUAAAGUAAACGACAAUUUUGGCUCCCCAGUUUUGGAUCCGACACUGGAGAAAAGUAUCCGGCCUCUUUCUAGGCAGUGUGAGAAGCAGUGUAUGGACCUAAAAGAGAUAGAAAGGUUUUUCCCACUGCCAUGUUAAUACUGCUUACGUUGGGAGCUCUAUUUCCAAAUAUAGUGGCCACGGGACCAGAUGAAUAUCUUCACAAUGGCAGCAACGUUUUUCAAGAGCCAAGGUAUCCUUAUGAAAACAUCAUGUUGCCAGAGGAACACAUCCCAUAUUUUUUAUACAAUAAUCCAGGCAUUGCCACUGUUUGCAGGCAAGAUCCUUUUUGCCCAUAUAAAAAACAUUUGAAGAAAUUGAAAGCUUGUUGGGGUUAUGAGAAAUUCUGCAAGCCAGAAAACAGGUUUGGAUAUCCAACAUGCGAUUAUGCUGAAAUUGGAUGGGCUAAUACCAUUGAGAAAGCCCAGGAUAUUUUCUGGAAGCAAGCUGAUUUUGGUUACGUUAAAGAAAAGAUGAAAGAUGUGAAGACUCAUUGCAAGCCUAAGAAUGCGGGAGAUGCUUCACUUGAAUGUUCCCGUUACCUUCAGUAUUGCAAAGCAACAAAUUUAUAUAUUGAUUUAAGGCAUCCGAAAAGAAACCAUGAUAGAUUUAAUGAAGAUUUCUUCAAGAAAGGUCAAAUAGGUGGCCACUGCAAUAUGAAUACUGAAGCUUUCCUUGCUGAAGGUCAACAAAAGAGUCCUUUGCAAUCUUGGUUUGCUGAACUCCAGACGUACGCAGAGAUGAGCUCCAGACCAUUGGAAGAUGGCAGCUGUGAUGUCAUUGUUGAGAAGCCAACAUAUUUCAUGAAGCUUGAUGCAGGUGUCAACAUGUACCAUCAUUUUUGUGACUUUGUGAAUCUUUACAUCACUCAGCAUGUUACCAACACCUUCAGCACUGAUAUCAACAUUGUUAUGUGGGAUACUAGUACAUAUGGAUAUGGAGAUUUAUUCAGUGAAACAUGGAAAGCAUUUACAGACUAUGAAAUAAUACAUUUGAAAUCGUAUGAUUCAAAAAGGGUCUGCUUUAAAGAAGCAGUUUUUACACUAUUGCCUCGAAUGAGGUUUGGCCUGUUUUAUAAUACACCAUUGAUCUCCGGCUGUCAUGGGACAGGAUUAUUCAGAGCCUUUUCCCAACACGUGUUGCACAGAUUAAAUAUCACCCAAGAUGGGCCUAAGGAUGGGAAAAUCAGAGUUACAAUACUUGCCCGGACUACAGAGUAUAGAAAGAUAUUAAACCAGAAUGAGCUUGCCAAUGCUUUAAAAACACUGCCAUUAUUUGAUGUCCAAAUAGUGAAUUACAAAUACAAGGAGCUCGAAUUUAAGGAGCAGCUGAAGAUAACCCACAAUUCUGAUAUCUUCAUUGGAAUGCAUGGAGCAGGCCUUACUCAUCUUCUCUUUUUGCCAGAUUGGGCUGUCAUCUUUGAACUGUACAAUUGUAAAGAUGAACGUUGCUACUUAGAUCUUGCAAGGCUGAGAGGCAUCCAUUACAUCACCUGGCAGAAGAAGGAUAAAGUGUUCCCUCAGGAUGAGGGGCAUCACCCGACAUUAGGAAAACAUCCAAAGUUUACAAAUUACACCUUCGAUGUGGAAGAAUUUGUCCGUCUGGUUCUGUUGGCAGCUGAUCAUGUGUCACAACACUCCAAAUGGCCAUUUAGGAGAAAACAUGAUGAAUUCUAGGUCAGAUAAUUGGCCUCCUUUGCAGAGUUUUUAAAUACUAAAGUGUUCAGAAUGUCGGCUCUUUUGAAGUAGAAUCAUGAAUUAUGAACUUGUUUGAAGAGGGAGAAGUGAAAAAGGUUAAAUGGGCAGGAGUCAUAUAUAAUGUCUCCCUCCAAGCAUGUUAUUUCUGUAUUAUUACUUUCUUACUGACAAUCCCUGUCCUAAUUUACUUGAGGAAUUUGCAUUAUGCAUGAUCUAUUUAAGGUGACCAUGUUUGCACUAUAAUCUUCCUAUUUAUUUUAGGAUUGUCAGCUUCAUUGCUUCAGAGCAGUGAAGUGAAAGAUAAGCACACUGGACCUUUCCCCCCCCCCCUGCUUCUUUUUGUGACAUGUAGCAAGACCUUUGCAGCCUCGUAUCUCCCUCCCUCCCUCCCUCCCUCCCUCCCUCCCUUCCUUCCUUCCUUCCUUCCUUCCUCAGCACUGACAGUGAUCUGGAAAUGAAAAUCCAGCUGAGCUGCAUCUAGUCAGUAUUUUUUUUUAUGUAAUGGAAAAGCUAAGAAAUCAGGUUGAUAAUGCAGCUUAGGUAUGACUUGCUUAAAUGUUACACUUUUUUUAAAGUAGCAAAUCACAGCUGAGGGAAGGGGAUUUUGGCAUGAAAUUCACAGAGGGGCCAAGUCCUUAGCAGUGCAAUCCCGAUCUGGCACUCUGACUUCAUUUUUAAUUAAAAGGGAAGUGUCUUUCUGAAAUACACUUAUCCAUGUUUUUGUUUCUAUUGCUAUAUGCAUUUCACAUUAUACUGUCAUUAUACAGGUAAUCCUCGGUUAAUGACCAUUUAUUCAGCAACCAUUCAAAGUUAUGACAGGGCUGAAUGAGGAGACUUGUGCCUGGUCCUCAAAGUUGUGGCCAUUGCAGCUUCCCCUUGGUCUUGUGAUCCUGAUUCAGGCACUUGGCAACUGGCUUGCAAUUACAAUGAUUGCAGCAUCCUGUGGUCAUAUGGCUACUAUUUGCAACUCCCGCUGCUAGAUUCCAACAAGCAAAGGCAAUGGGGAAGCCAGCAGGAGGUCGCAAAUAGCGAUCACAUGACAAGGUUCUUUUAAUGGCAAUAGAGCUGCUGGAACUGUUGUCAUAAAUCAGUGUAGUCAUUGUCACUUCUUGACAAAGUUAUUGGUACCCAUUGUCAUUGUUAACUGAGGACUACCUGCACAUUUAGUUUUACUCAUUAAUCAUUCCUCUGUUUGCUUCCUUGUGGGUGUACAUGUUUCAUUACACAUGAGAUGGCAGGUGUAUGGAUGAAAUAUUUUAAUUUGUUACCGUAGCAGUUUUCUCCAUGGGAUUAUAAAACGCGGUGGCGCAGUGGUUAGAGUGCAGUACUGCAGGCUACUUCUGCUGAUCACCAGCUGCCAGCAGUUUGGCAGAUUGAAUCUCACCAGGCUCAAGGUUGAUUCAGCCUUCCAUCCUUCCGAGGUGGGUAAAAUGAGGACCCAGAUUGUUGGGGGCAAUAGGCUGACUCUGUAAACCGCUUAGAGAGGGCUGUAAAGUUUUUUGGGGUGUGUGUGGAGGGAGAAUGUACAGUAUACAAUUGUAUACAAUUCAAUUGUAUAGAAUUGAAUAGUAUUUCCUAAAUAAUUUUCCAUGAAUGUACAUCAGGCAGGGCUGUCAAACUCGCAGGCCAGAUGCAUCACGCGCUGGCCACGCCCACGCCUGGUGUAGCAAAAGGGGGGAAAAAAUCCCGAUAUGUUAUAUGACUCUGCCGUGAGGCCGCGAGUUUGACACUCCUGAAUGUACAUCAUUGGCUAUGUUUCAUUUAAUUGUGAUGCACCUUCCGAAAGUCCAAAUGGGCCUAGAAUAGAUAGGUCCCUGUUACUAAAUUUCUUGUCGUUUCUUAUGGAAAUAACCACAAUAUUAAAUAAUAAUAACAUUAUACGUGUAUACACAAUAUACCCAUACAGCGAAAUUCACUUAACACCCAAAGACCAGGUCCAACACACAUAACAAUCCCCAAACACAUUCCCACCCAUUACAAUUCCCCACCCCUAAACCAUCCAAACAUCCACACAACAGACCAAGUAAUGCUGUCCAACAGCUCACUCAUGGUGGCCCUUUAGUUGAUUGUUGAGUGCAAUUAUGGCUCUGGGAUAAAAACUAUUCAGAAAAUGUGUGGUCCGAGUUUUAAUUGUUCUGUAUCUUCUGCCAGAAGGCAACAGUCCAAAAAGAUUGUAAGCAGGUUGGGAAGAGUCUCUGAGAAUGUUAUGCAACUUUCUCAAACAGUGAGAUUCAAAGAUGUCAUCCAGGGCUGGUAUCUGGAGCCCAAUGAUAUUCUGGGCAGUUUUAACGAUUCUCUGUAGAGCUUUUUUGUCCGCUACAGAGCUGCUCCCAUACCAUGCAAGAAUGCCGUAUGUCAGGACACUCUCAAUGGUGCUGCAAUAGUAGGACAGAAGUAGAUGUUGAGAUAGAUUUACCUUCCUGAGCAUUCUCAGGAAGUACAGCCUCUUCUGUGCCUUCUUCACAAGCAUGUUAACAUUCAUAGUCCAUGAGAGGUCCUCCGAGAUAUAAAUGCCCAGAAAUUUAAAACUACCCCCCCUCUCCACCUCCUCACCAUUUAUGUACAAUGAUAAAUGUACAUCUCUCUUCCUCCUGAAGUCAAUUAUAAGUUCUUUAGUUUUUUUGGUGUUAAGUGUGAGAUUAUUUUCUUUACACCACACAGGUAUCCCUUAUCCCUUAUCUGUAUCCCUUGCCAUUGAGAGUAUAGGGGGAAAAAAAGCAUAAGAAUGAUAUUGAUUCUAAUUUGCACUGUUUGUAGCUGGAAUGCUUGCAAAUUUUGAUUUAGGGUGUUCCGCCCUUGACAAAAAGGACUCCUCCUUAUUUGUAUGCAAAAGCAGACAAGCAUAAAUACUUGGAUGAUACAUAAUGAUUGAUCUUAUUGACCCCUUUUUAAAUAAUCCAAAGCGAUUGUUUAGAGAGUGGCCCUAAUGGCUGUUGUGUUUAUAGGAGCGGAUGAAAAA